UUAAGAUUUUUUAUAAAACAUUUUUUAAUCACAGAUGUGGAAUAGUGGAAAUCAAUGAAAUUGACAGUUUUGAAAUUGAUACAGAUUGGGAUUUAAAACUGGCAAAUUUAAUUUAUAAUUUAAUUUAAUUUCAUAUUCAUUAAAAGUUUAUCAAGAGAAUGACAACUGAUUUGACAUUUGCAUCGGUGCCAUCAUUUUAUAGAGAGAUAUAUGACAUUUUAUCUGUAGAUGGGGAACCAAUAGAUAAAGAAUUAUUUAAAUAUGUACUCAGUCAACAAACAGAAAUUUCACAACAAACAUUGAAACAAAUAUGGGAUAUGUGCGGAAUUGAACAAAAUUCUGGAAUAAAUAGAACAUGCUUGUAUAAAGUAUUAGCGUGUAUUGCAUUUGCACAAAAUGGAAAAACACCAAGUGAAACUUUACUUGAAAAUUAUAAUGGCAAAGAAUUCCCUGUUCCAAAUUUAGGAGACGUACCAUCUUUAAAAAGUACAUACAAUACUUUAAACGUAAAUAUCAUGUCGAAAAAUGGUUUAAAUAUAAGUUAUAGCGACAUAAUGCGACUGGAUACCAUAACUAUCGAUUUAGUUCCCGAAAAGAAAGGGAUAUUCAUUAAACAUUCAGAAUAUUUAGUGUCAUCGAGGAAAUUAAAUACAACAGUGAAACGACGCUAUAAUGAUUUUGUCACAUUUCAUGAAUUAUUAAUUGUACGAUUUCCAUACAGAUUAAUACCACGAUUACCCCCCAAAAAAAUUGUAUCAGAUUCACAUUUUUUAGAAUCUAGACGACGUGCUUUACAAAGAUGGUUAACAUUGGUAGCACGACAUCCCAUCAUUUCAUCAAGUUCAUUAUUAAUAUUUUUUUUAUCCGACACAAGUCCAGAACAUCAACAAAAAAUUAAAGAAACGUUUAAAAGUCAACCAGAUGAAUUUGCUACAUCGGAUUUAGCAGCUAAAGCAAAGGAGCUACUACCAUCAGACACAAAUUUACAAUUUGCCGCAUCCCGGGAACAAAUAAACAAUAUUUGGUGCGGUGUUCGAAAAUUAUUGUACAUAUGUGAACGCGGUGUUGGACGAGGACGAGCCUUAGCUCAAGAUGCUCAAGAUUUAAGUGGAUAUUUAAGAGAAUUAGCAGCAGAGUCCCAUGAUCAUAGUCAAUGGGGAACUGGUGGUAAUACUAUUUGGACUGAUAUCAAAAAAGGAUUUGGUAUUAUUUACAAAGAAUUUUCUUCACUCUCGACUAGUGCCAUGCAUACAGCAAAUCGUGAAGAAGACACUGUUUGUGAGAGACUUAACUUAUUAUCAGAUAUCCUAGCUGCGCAUGUCUCGCUAUGCGAACGGUUAGAAAAAGGUGUAUUAAGCGAUCAUCAAAGAGCUCUUUCUCAAAUGCUUAAUCUUAAGAAGAAACAGAUUCAAGGAGUUAUUAAAGGCACUGAUGCGGAAAGUGUUGAUCAAUUAGAGUCGAAAAUGAUGCAACAAGUAAAUGUUAUUUCGGAUAUGGAAUUACGAAAUGCAUUUAGUUUGUAUUGUGUACGAAUGGAAACACAAUUGGUUCAUGUAUAUUUAGAAUUGUUGGCGUCUGUAUUUAAUUCCAUGGUGUCAGUUCAAAUUCAAUCUCAUACAGAGCUAGCUAAUGUUUGGAAAACUAUUCAACCUACAGUUACAAAAUAUCUUCCAGAAAAAUCGAAAAGUCACAAGUUGAAUAAUUCAACAUAAUAAUAAAAUAAAUAUUGAAUACAAUUACUUUUAUAGACCAAGAGACGAUCCUUCGAAAAUCUAUGUAUCGAGUACAUGAAUAAUUUACUUUAUUUGAGUUUGAUCUAGAUGUAAAAAGAGUAAAGAGCUUAUGAGAUGCUAGGUGUAAGCAAGUCGUCUUUAUGCUUAUAAAAUUUAAUUUUCACUUAAUCACUUUUUAAAUUAGUUAUCAAUACAAGAUACUUUUGGUUAUUUCUGGAAGAAGUAGGGGAUUUUCAUCCGUUUGUCUCCAUAUGCGGUAAAAGGGCAUAUAAACUGCGUAAUUUUCUUUUUGAUAUUCGUGCCUAGGUCUUCACUUUGAAUAUAGGUCCAUUUUGAUACAAAGAUUUCUAAGUAAUUAUCUCUUGGACUAUUACUUCAUACAUUCCAGUAAAAUAUAGUCAUCAUUAUCAAGAAAAAAUUGAUGACUAAUAUAAAAAAACGUAUCUGUGAUUCAUUGAAUAAAUUAUAAAUAAAAUAACAAAUUAUUUUGUAAAGAUAUUAAGAAUAUUUUAAAAAAAAUUUAAAUGUACUGUUGAGAUUUUAUAUUUGUAUUCUCGAUAUAAAUUCAAAAAUACGAUUUACGUCUAUAAAUAAUGACGAAAAUCUUCCAAAUUAAACAAAGGGUGAGCAAUAACCGAGCAUAUACCUGAAACAUGUAUGUCGACGGCAAGGUUAAAUUAAGUUAGAUUGAAGGGCUAGAUCGGCAGUGCCAGUUCAGCAUUUAGCAA